CAAAACUUCCCGGGAAAGGCUGGGAUCGUGUCUGCUUUUUCUGCGGCGUCCGAUUCUUCUUCCCUCCGCUGUGAACCUUCGGCUGAGCCAGGAGGCCGAGAGGCUGGAAGGAAUUCUCUCACGGGUGGAGAUACAGGCGUGACUCGGAUUCUGUAGCUGUAAUUUUUUCCUGAUUCCUCUGGAGACCAAAGAAUCUUGUGAGGGAAGAGGCUGAAUGGUGUUAGGAGGGUUGGCCAGACCUCUCAUCAUUAGGAAGACCUGGGAAGAUUUUGGAGUUGGAUUAGAGACCAGAGAGAAGAUGGAGGGACAAAGCCCAACAGAUGGAGGAGUUGGAGAAGGCCGUCCAGCUGGUCAGCCUUGGAGCUAUGGGGAGAAUGGGGGAAGUCCUGGGCAGAAGAGCCAAGAAGAGGAAACCAGCAAUUCAGAGGUCCAAUUCUGUGACUUCGGGAAAGUGCAGUUCCAGGAGGGGAAGAGUCCCCGAGAUGUUUGCACUCAGCUUCAUCACCUUUGCCGUCAGUGGCUGCAGCCGGAAAGACACACCAAGGCUCAGAUGUUGGACCUGGUGCUCCUGGAGCAAUUUCUGGCUGUCCUUCCCUCAGAGAUGGAGCAAUGGGUGCGGGAGUGUGGAGCAGAAACCAGUUCCCAGGCGGUGUCCCUGGCCGAAGGCUUCUUGCUGACCCAGGAGUCUGAGAUGAUGCAAGAAGAGUUGCAGUCCUUGCAAGCUAUCACCGAGUAUCCCCAGGAGUGGAAAGAUUCAUCUAAAUCUUCCCAGGAGCUGCUAUUCAGUGAGAGCUUCCAGGAAGAUCAAAGUCAGGACACCUCUCCAGGUAAUAGAAAGCUGUCCUUAGUAUUUUUAGAACCACCUUCUCCUUGUGAUGGAGCUGAAAGAGUGGCUGAACUUCUGCCUCAGGUAAGAGGAGAAAUAUUGGAAAGUUACACAACACGUGGAAUGGUUUCAUUUCAUUUUAUUCUGUAUAAUUAUCAUGGAAUUUUUGUUUUCAAGGAAGACACAUUUUAGACAAGAUCUUUGAAAAUUCACACCCAGCUUAACCUACCUGUCCCUUCGGAUAAGCUUUAUCCACCCUCCUUCUUCAGGCUCAGAUUUCAUUGAUCAGAUGUUGUCUUGACCUGAGGUCUUCCUCCUGUCUUCCAGGGUCAUUCUCACUACCAUUACAAGCUCUUCCAACACGUUCAUGAAGGUGUGGAGUAGG